CGGAACUCUCGCGAUGGAGGGAGGCGGAGGUUCACCCCCAGAAACACUUACAGAAGCAAGUCAGUUGGAAUGUGUUCUGCCUCCAAGUCUUGAAGCCAAUAGUUUGAAGAAAAGCAAUUGGGGAUUCUUGUUUACCGGGAUUGUUGGUGGGACCCUGGUGGCCGUAUAUGCUGUGGCCACACCAUUUAUAACACCAGCCCUCCGAAGAAUUUGUUUACCUUUUGUUCCUGCAACUACAAAGCAGAUUGAAAAUGUUGUGAAAAUGUUGCGAUGCAGAAGAGGAUCCCUGGUUGACAUUGGCAGUGGCGAUGGACGUAUCGUGAUAGCAGCUGCAAAGGAAGGAUUCCCGGCUGUGGGUUAUGAGUUAAACCCGUGGCUAGUCUGGUACUCCAGAUACUGCGCUUGGCGAGAAGGGGUGCAGGACUCUGCCAAGUUUUAUAUUUCAGAUUUGUGGAAGGUGACUUUUUCGCAGUACUCCAACGUUGUUAUUUUCGGCGUGCCUCAGAUGAUGCCACAGCUGGAGAAGAAACUUGAGCUUGAACUGGAGGAUGACGCUAGAGUCAUUGCUUGCCGGUUCCCUUUCCCGCACUGGACUCCGGACCAGGUCACCGGAGAGGGGAUAGACACCGUGUGGGCCUACGACAUGAGCACUCUCAGAGGGAGGGAAAAGAGGCCCUGAAGAUCGAUGCAUUUCCAGUCGGUCAUUCAAAUAUAAACUUCAUUGUUAUUAUUAUUAUUUUUUAUAUAUGAACUUUAUUGAGAG